AUGUCUACUUCUAACUCCACCGGCUUCCCUAUCACCACCUACUCGAUACCCGGCGACGCCGACCUGCUAGCCAACGAACGAGUGUCUUUUGCCUGUGGGCAACGACACAACGAAGCCGACAUCGCUGAUACCAUAGAGCUAAUGUCAGCAAAAGUCACCUAUACCUAUCUCUUUUAUGAGACCGAAAAACGCUGCCCCCAUGCGUAUUACGCUCUUUCUUCCAUGCAUACCUUCCUUGCCAUAGACCUCAUAGCUGACAAACUCCUAAAAGCCAUAGACUCAAUACAUUCGUUGGAAAGACUUGAGUAUCUGUCGGGCACUCUGGAUGGAAAAGUUAGUUUUGGAGUCUUUGGAACAACGCUUGAGGAUGAGCUCCUUGAAUGGGCAGAUGGACUCGGCAAAGGAAUAUUUGGAAUCAGGCGGGAGGACAUUGCUAAACGAAGCUCGCACGCGGAUAGAGUGAGAUGGUUGUACGAGUACUCCUCCGCCCGGUUUGUCCCUCCGGUCCUCGUCACACCCAGACCAGACCAGUGUUACCCUGGAGCGCACUUACCACAUCAUCACCCGUCGACCUCCACCCAUCCCGUCGGAGGAAAAAUAUAUUCCCACCGUCCCAACCAACCUGAUCUCACAAAGGUCGAACCACUCCAGUCCCCGUUCCAUUGGGUCGAACCCAAAACCACCAUCUCCCCCAUCAUCUCCACCUCGACCAAGGUGAUACUCCAGAUCCCCGCCGCCAGAACUCCAUUGAAAUUGCAGUCUCAUAUGUCAAAGGGACAGAAAGACAGUCCGCCUGGCACAAUGCACAGGCCUGAGACUGGCUCUCCCUCUAACCCAAUCAAUGUAGAUGACGAUGCAGCCAUGAUUGAUCAGUUCUAUGCAGGAACGUACGACCUGGGAGAUGAUGAUCCAACCACUCCCCAAUCCGACACCUCUUCUAAUACCCAACAAAGAUACCACAAAGGUGUUCGUAACAACACUCCAUACUGCCAAAACUGCAGUUGGAGUGAUCAUCGCACAUACUAUUGCGAAGCCUACUAUUGUCCCGACUGUGACCGUCGUGCACCGGGACAUAGUUUCAAUUGGUGUCCCAUCCGCAGGGAAGACGAGGAUAGGAUCCUGAUGGAAGGAUUACAUGGAGAUGUCAGCUACAAUGACAGUUACAAUAUGGACAGCGAAGGUACCAAAUUUUGGUGA